UUGGUUUCUCGGAAGCUUUUCAGGUUUUGGGAAUUGAAUCGACUGGAUUUCUCGAGAGGAUAAGAGGAAAUAAAAUUACCGCUUUGGAUGACAAAAUCGUGUAAAGGGAAAAGAAACAAAGAAUUUUCGCCUUUUUAAUAUACUUGCAAGAUGUCGGAAAACUGCGCCGUUCCCCUCUGCCUCCCAAACAACUGCAAAUGGGACGAGCAGACGGGGGAAUACAGCACUAACGAAGAAGAAGAAAGAACCAGCCUCUAUGUUGUGAAUGCUGCCCUGGAACGAUUGAGGAGUGUUAAAGGUCCAGUGUGUGUUGUAUCUAUUGCUGGUCCAUGUAGAAAAGGUAAAUCUUACAUCUUGAGUAAAGUUUUUGAUCAAGGCGAAGUUUUUCCCCUUGGACAUGAGUUGGACCCAGAGACUAUGGGCAUAUGGUUGUGGGUUGUACCAGAAAAAUUUCAGGACGCCAGCGGACAGGAAUUCACAGUGGUGUUAUUGGAUUCAGAGGGAAUAGAUGCCAUAUCUGGGGAUCAUUCUGACGAUCACUGUAUUUUUACAUUGACCAUCCUUCUGGCCUCAGUAUUGAUUUACAACUCUGCUGGUGUACCGACAAGGACUGAUCUUGACGGACUAGACUACAUUGUGAAGCUGUCACAGCGAAUUCAAAUUUUUUCAGGGAAUGAAACGUCUGAUGUAGCCAAAGCUUCUUCAGAAGAUGAUAAUGCAAAAGCCUUUCACAAGACUUUUCCUUUCUUCGUUUGGUUGCUUCGAGAUGUUGUUCUUGCCCUCCCGAAAGGUUGCCAUAGUAUAAAGGAUUACUUCUUGACCAAGGUAUUCAAGACUUCUGGGCCGAAAGCUGACAAAGCAAAAGAAGUGGCAGAGAGCAUCCUCAGCUAUUUUCCUGGUUUUGACGCCUUCAAGUUGCCACCCCCUUCGUCUGAUCCUGAUGUGGUGUUAAACCUCAACAGAGAUGAAGUACAAGAUGACGUUAACAAGUCCUUCAUUCGUGGAGUCGAUGAGUUUAAAUCAGUAAUGAGGUCUAAACUGACUCCAAAGCACAGCUUUAACGAGGCAGAGUUUGUGACUGGUGAAGCGCUCGCCACCAUGGUAACAAGCUACAUCACGGCUUUAAACACCCCAGGAACAGUUCCCAAUGUCCAAAACGCCUGGGAUGUCUUUGUCUCGACCAAAUGUACCCAGGCCAAAACGGCUGCCGUUGAAGAAUACGACAAAGAAAUGGAAAUGGAAAUGUCUGGAAAACUGCCGUGUGAGAGAGACAUCAUCCGUCAAGCUCAGCUGGCAGCUCUUAAGCGAGCACUGAAAGUGUUUGAGGAAGAGACGUUUGGAAUAUCCACCGCUAAUAUAGAAAAGUACCUAAACGAGUUAACGGUGUACAUGGAAAAUGGCUUGAAUAGCUGGCAAGAACGAAACACCCAGCUUACCAAGGACAGCUGUAAGCAGCUGCUGAUUGGCCUUAAGCAUCAUCACCUUGAUCCAGUUCUGAUUCAAUUGAGGGGAAAGGAUGGCGCAAAAGUUUCGUUUGCUGAAGUAAUGGGCUGCUACAGCGCUAUCGAGCAAGGAUUUAAGGCAGAGGCCACCGGGGCAGAGGACGUUUGUGCGCAAGUUUUUCUUGAUUUCCACCCCGAGCUGCAAAAUGAGAUGGAGAAGCACAUGGAACAUUUGCAGCAACUCAAGGAUUUUGACGAGAACCUGGCGUACGAAAAAGAAGCGAGGGCACAAGAAAUGGAACAAAGAAAGAGAGUUGAGGAGGAGAAGGCACGUCUGGAAGAAGAACGAAUUAGAAAGGAGAAGGAGAUGGAGCUUUUAAAAGUGAAACAAGAGGAAGAUAGACGACGCCUGGAAGAACAACUGAGAUCCGACAUGGAAGAUCAGAGGGAGCAAAUGCAGAACAUGAUGAGAGCAAACAUGGAGCAGUUGCACAGAGAAAGACAAAACGUCGUGGAUCAGAACAAGACACUGCAGGAGGCUCUGUCGGGCAUGCAACGCUCGAUGAAUGAAAGAAAUGAUCAGAUAAAAAAUCUUCAAAGGCAGAUUCAGCAAAUUGCAAGCAGACCACCACCAUCACCACCCCCAAAAAAGAAGGGAUGUGUUGUCAUGUAAACAAAAUCUGCAGCAUGAUCAGAUUGACAUGUAAGGGUGAUGGAAAAAAAAAGUUUUUUAACCUUGAUAAACUUUGUCUGGAACUUUUUAUUAGUAGAGAAACAGAAAUAAGUUUUGGAAGAAGAAGAAUAUGCUGUAUUUAGCCGUUGAGAUAGUGUACUAUACAUCCCGUUUUCAACUAUUUUAAGAUAGCUCUCUCCAUAAUGAUUUUGGGACAUCUUUACUGAUUAUCCGUCUGCGCAAACGAAUAAAGAAAUAACCAGAGUUUAAAAU